AGCCGCUUAGGGGCUGAUCUGCGGAAUCCAUGGUCAUUAAUAAUAGGGAUCGGCGACGGGAUCCGCAUCCGUCCCACUACUGAGCACUCACCGGUCUGCCCAUGGCCGCCCUCUUCACCGGGAAGGUGCUGGUGGCCAACCGGGAGCAGGACGAGCUGGAGACGGAGCGGGAGCUGUGCCGGGCGCUGGAGAACAAAGUGCUGCUGCUCUACUUCGGCUCCGGGCAGUGCCCGCGCUGCCGCCGGUUUGCUCCGCUCCUCAAGGACUUCUUCCUGCGGCUGACGGACGAGUUCUACGUGGAACGAGCCUCGCAGCUGGUCCUGGUGUACGUGUCCCGGGAUGAGACGGAGGAGCAGCAGAGCGCGUUCCUCCAGAGCAUGCCGAAACGCUGGCUGGCCGUCCCGUUUGGGGAUGCCUUCGGAAGGGAGCUGGAGCUGCGCUUCGCUGUAUCUGAGGUGCCAGCGGUGGUGGUGCUGAAGCCAAACGGGGAGGUGAUCGUUGGGAAUGCCGUGGAGGAGAUCCAGAGCAUGGGCCCCACUUGCUUCCGGAACUGGCAGGAGGCUGCCGAGCUGGUGGACAGGAAUUUUCUCUUGGCAGAGGAUUUUGAUAAGUGGAGCAGGAGAAGCAUCACUGAGCCCAUCCGCCGCCUCAAGUACAAGCUGGACAAGAAGAUGGAGGCAAAGAACAAGGAAAGGAAAGAGGAAGGUGAAGACUUGGCUUAGGGGCUCACAGAAGCCAUGGCUGCAUGGGCUGAUGCCCCAACCCAACGUCUCCAGACCAGCAACAUCCGUAUCCUCCUAGGACCUGGUGGAGUGAAAAUCUCACCCUGAGAUCUUUCUCAUUUAUCUAUCAAAAAAGUGAGAAGAAAAGGAACUGCUAAGGACCAGAAUUCAGUGACUGACUCACUAAACAGUUCAAAAUGGGAAUUUGUAGAAUCACGGAAUGGUUUGGGUUGGAAAGG